CCCAUUAAGGGCGGAGCGCGGCGCCGCCAUUUUGUGGAGAGAGCGCGGGGCCGGCAGCCUCCUCCCGUCUGCUUCACCCCCAGCCUUCAGCCGCCGCCGCCACCAUGCUCUCCGCCCGCCUGGCCGCCACCCUCGCCCGCUCCCUGCCGCGGCAUGCCGGCCUGGUUUCAAGAAAUGCCCUGGGUGCAGCAUUUGUUGCCACAAGAAACAUCCAUGCCUCCAAAAACCAUUUCCAGAAAACCGGCACUGCUGAGGUGUCCUCUAUUCUUGAGGAGCGUAUUUUGGGAGCUGACACCUCUGCUGAACUUGAGGAGACUGGCCGUGUGCUCUCGAUCGGUGACGGUAUUGCCCGUGUGUAUGGCCUAAGAAAUGUGCAGGCAGAAGAAAUGGUUGAGUUUUCCUCUGGGCUGAAGGGGAUGUCCUUGAAUUUGGAGCCCGACAACGUUGGUGUUGUCGUGUUUGGUAACGACAGACUGAUCAAGGAAGGGGAUGUUGUGAAGAGGACCGGUGCCAUUGUGGAUGUUCCUGUUGGGGAGGAGCUGCUGGGCCGUGUUGUAGAUGCCCUGGGCAAUCCCAUUGAUGGGAAGGGUCCUAUUACAUCUAAGACACGUAGGAGAGUUGGCUUGAAGGCCCCUGGCAUCAUUCCCAGAAUCUCUGUGCGGGAACCCAUGCAGACUGGUAUUAAGGCCGUGGACAGCUUGGUGCCAAUUGGCCGGGGCCAGCGUGAGCUGAUCAUUGGUGACAGGCAGACUGGGAAAACAUCAAUUGCAAUUGACACAAUAAUCAACCAGAAACGAUUUAAUGAUGGAACAGAUGAGAAAAAGAAGCUGUACUGUAUCUACGUUGCCAUUGGCCAGAAGAGAUCUACUGUUGCACAGCUGGUGAAGAGGCUCACUGAUGCAGAUGCCAUGAAGUACACUAUUGUGGUGUCUGCCACAGCAUCUGAUGCUGCGCCCCUUCAGUACCUGGCUCCCUAUUCAGGCUGCUCCAUGGGGGAAUACUUCAGAGACAACGGAAAGCAUGCAUUGAUCAUCUAUGAUGACUUAUCCAAGCAGGCUGUUGCCUACCGUCAGAUGUCUCUGCUGCUGCGCCGUCCACCUGGCCGUGAAGCCUACCCAGGUGAUGUGUUCUACCUGCACUCCCGCCUGCUGGAGAGAGCGGCCAAAAUGAACGACUCCUUUGGAGGCGGCUCUCUGACUGCCCUGCCUGUCAUUGAAACUCAGGCUGGUGAUGUGUCUGCUUACAUUCCAACCAACGUCAUCUCCAUCACUGAUGGACAGAUCUUCUUGGAAACUGAGCUGUUCUACAAGGGUAUCCGUCCAGCCAUCAAUGUCGGUCUGUCUGUGUCCCGUGUGGGUUCUGCUGCUCAGACCAGGGCUAUGAAGCAGGUGGCAGGUACCAUGAAGCUGGAAUUGGCUCAGUACCGUGAAGUAGCUGCCUUCGCUCAGUUUGGGUCUGAUCUGGAUGCUGCCACACAGCAGCUGCUGAAUCGUGGCGUGCGUCUGACAGAGCUCCUCAAACAAGGACAGUACGUUCCCAUGGCUAUUGAGGAGCAGGUUGCAGUCAUCUAUGCUGGUGUGAGAGGUCACUUGGACAAGCUGGAGCCCAGCAAAAUCACUAAAUUUGAGAGUGCUUUCCUGGCUCAUGUCCUGAGCCAGCACCAGGCCCUCCUCUCCACGAUCAGGACCGAAGGGAAGAUCUCUGACCAGACAGAAGCUAAGUUGAAGGAAAUAGUCACAAACUUCCUGUCUACUUUCGAGGCAUAAACUUGUAACCAUUCAAACAGACCAGGCGGUUUUUGUGGUCAUGUGCUACAGCUCCAUCAAAGACUUAAAAGUAUGUGCGACUUGAAUGUACAGAUCUCACUGAGAAUAAAAGUUUCCAUGUAAAAAGA